AUGGAAGAGAGGAACUUCGAGGAGCUUCUGGCAAGCAUCUCAGCGGCCGCUGCACACGUGAACGAGGUGCCUAGAGAGCAACAGCAGCAAGAGGUUGUCGAUGCCCUUGUGUCUCUACUCGACGUUCCCGCUGCACUCUCGGCAGAGCAGAGGGAGCGCCUGUUCGACCUCCUCCUGCCGCUACUCCGGCCUGACAAGCCGCUGUUGGGUCGUGUCUUCUUCGACAUCUUUCACGGCCUGCUCGGCUUCCUCCCCUAUCCUGAAACACAGCCGGCCUGCACCCAGAUCGUGAACGACAUUGCGGCCACGUGCAACCCGCGGGAGAUGUGGAUCGUGUGCACUGAGGCCCUGGGCCGGCCGCAGCCCACGGCCACCAAAGUGCUCCUACUUCACCUCCUGUCGCAAGUGCUGCGAAGGCUUCCAGAGAGCUCGCGCCCGCGGUUCCUGAGAAGUGGGCUCUCUCUCGCCGCAUCUCUGCUCCGUCCCAAGGACGAGCGUGCCAGCGGCGAUGAUGAUGAAGAAGAAGAUUCCGACGAGAUGGACGAAGAGUACCGGCUCGCGCCCGACACCGAGUCCUUUGCCAAGGCCGCCCUCGAGCUGGCCCGGCCUUUCGUCUCCAAGACCACGACCCCGCUGGCACGAGAGGAGGGCGAGCUCGUGCUAGGGUUCCUGAUGGCGGUACUCGCUGGCCCGGUCGCCCGCGCGCCGCUCGAGUCGCGGCCCAAGAACAAACCGCACGCGGGCUACUCUGGGAUAGCCUCCACCGUCCUCGAACUCUUGCUGGCGCUGGGGUGGUCGGUGGACCGCGUGCUGAGCGCGGCGGCCACGAUCAACCCGAGCGGCGUGGGCGUCUACGCCUACCUCGUCUUCGUGCAACCGCCUGACGUCACCCUGUCGCAGCACUGCCUGCCGAUGGUCAGCUCCUCGCUCUACAGCUUCUGCCGGAUCCUCCCCAGCCUCAGCCAACUCCUGCGAGAGCCGGCGCCCAACGCGUCGUUCAAGGGCCAUCGCCUGUUGGUCCACUUCACAGACCUCCUGCGCGGUUCUGCCGGCGAGGUGUCCGAGCCCGUCCUGGCCGGCCUCGGCGCCUCCCUCGACCAAUGGCGAGAGCUGUGCAAGGACGUGAUCACGUACAUGGUGAGCAACCCGGUGGAGGGGGAGCGACAGACCGCCUACGGCUGCCUCGGCGCUCUUUUCACCCUACUGGGUCCGUGGGAGCGGUUCCGUGUGCUGGGAUCGCUGCUGCAGGACUGCCCCUACGCGGCGGUGGCGGGCCUGCUCGUGGCGCGGCUCAAGGACGAGACCCUGCGGGCGUGGCCCGCCCGGGGCAGUCCCGCGGGCACGCACUGCCCGCCCUUCGCCAGCCCCAAGCUCGUCGACCUCUUCCCGCACUUCAUGCACUGCAAGGCCCCCAUCGAACAGCUCGACCUGCUCAUGCACAGCCUCAACUUCUACCGCUUCCUCCUGCUCCGCGACCGAGGCGCCCAGGCUGUCGUCGGUGUGUGGCGGCCCGACCUCGUCGAGUGGGUCAAGGCCCAGUGGCUCUUGCCCUUGCGAGAGGAGUACUCGACGACGCUGGGCGAGGAGGCCCAGCAGCAGAAGAUUGCGAUGCUCACGCAGCAUGGCUUCCCGCAGUUGAGCCCCGAGGACAUGCAACACGCGUCGACUGCCUCGCUCACCGCCCUCGCGCCGCUGACCGACCUCAUCGACUGGGUCUUCUCCCUCCUCGACGAGCAGCAGCUCCAGCUCGCCCCCGUCCGCGCCGACCCCAGCCUCCUCCCUCGGCCAUAA